CGCCCCCGCUACGGACGGGCGAAUUUCGCUCCGGGCAAGAGGGGCGGCGGGGUGGGAUCCGCUCCUUCACCCGGCGCUACUUUUUGUUCAACGUGCCUCGCGCGGCGCUCCUUGUCUUCAGCUGAGACUUGCCCGAAGUUGGUUUUCGGAACGAAGCCUUCAGACUGAACGCCGAGGGAGUUCUGCGGGGCCCUCCUUUGAUAUCGGCGCGGCCUGGAAUAUGCAGAGAACGACGGAAUGACGAACCUUGGCGGUGGAGGAAGAGGGGCCCGAAGUUAACCUGGCCCCCUUUCUUUAACACGUGUUCUUGAUCCCGUGUGAAGUACUCGGCGCAUACAGUCAGGUUGUGCCCAUAUCUCCCAGUGACCGGGUUGAGGGCGUGUGGAAGGAAGGCCCCGUUUCAAAAGGGCAGCCAACUGUCCUCCGUGAUGGCCGGACAUCGGUUUUGUAUCUCUCCUUCCUCGUGUACCCUUCUUACACUUCUGGUUUGGAGGCACAAUAUGGGUUUCACAAGACAAGAAGUGGAUGAGGUUGAUACGAAUGCCGUGGGGAGGGAAGUUAGUUGGAAGAACAAAUCCUAACUUGCUGGCCAAGGAUGAUCUGCUGUUGCUACUGACUGCAAAAGAAGUGAAACCAGGGCUGAGAUGUCAAAACACUUACGGAUUUAAGGCAAGCUACCCACUUCAGAUGAUGGCCACUGGGUUUUUCUACAGAUUAUGUCUACUUUGAAAACUCUUCAAGUAACCCCUAUUUGAUACGUAGAAUAGAAGAACUCAAUAAGACAGCCAAUGGAAACGUGGAAGCAAAAGUGGUCUGUUUCUAUAGAAGGAGGGACGUCUCAAACACUUUAAUUGUUCUGGCGGACAAACAUGCAAGAGAAAUGGAAGAAGAGAUGGAAAACUCAGAAAUAAUGGAUUUAUUAGAGAAAGAGAAACACCAACUGCGACAUCGAGAACUGUUUCUCUCACGGCAGCUGGAAUCCCUACCUGCCACACACAUUAGAGGCAAAUGCAGCGUUACUCUGUUAAAUGAGACAGAAUCCCUUAAAUCAUAUCUGGAACAUGAGGACUUCUUCUUUUAUUCACUAGUAUAUGAUCCCCAACAGAAGACUCUUCUGGCUGAUAAAGGAGAGAUCAGAAUUGGGAAUAAGUACCAGGCUGACAUAAUAGAUUUACUGAAAGAAGGUGAGGAUGAUGGCAGAGACCAGUCAAAACUUGAAACAAAAGUUUGGGGAGCAUUUAAUCCACUAAAAGACAAACAAAUAGACCAGUUCCUUGUAGUAGCACGAUCUGUUGGUACAUUUGCUCGAGCUCUAGACUGCAGUAGUUCUGUUCGGCAGCCAAGUUUACACAUGAGUGCCGCAGCAGCUUCUAGGGAUAUCACUCUGUUCCACGCCAUGGACACUUUGCACAAACAUGUCUACGACAUCUCCAAGGCGAUCUCUGCCCUUGUGCCACAGGGUGGGCCUGUCUUGUGCAGGGAUGAGAUGGAGGAGUGGUCAGCAUCGGAGGCAAAUCUCUUUGAAGAAGCCCUUGAAAAAUACGGAAAAGACUUCACUGAUAUUCAGCAAGAUUUUCUUCCAUGGAAGUCCUUAACCAGCAUAAUUGAGUAUUACUAUAUGUGGAAAACAACGGACCGGUAUGUUCAACAGAAACGGCUGAAAGCUGCUGAAGCAGAAAGCAAGCUAAAGCAAGUAUAUAUACCUAACUAUAACAAGCCAAACCCCAACAAGAUCAAUGUAAAUAAUGUGAAGCCUGGAAUGGUAAAUGGUACAGGAGCGCAGAACGUGGGAGCAGGACGAGCGUGUGAAAGCUGCUAUGCAGCACAGUCUUACCAGUGGUAUUCUUGGGGUCCCCCUAACAUGCAGUGUCGUCUUUGUGCACCUUGCUGGACAUAUUGGAAGAAAUAUGGUGGCCUGAAAAUGCCAACACGACUCGAUGGAGAGCGGCCAGGACCAAACCGCAACAAUUUGAGCCUUCACGGUGCACCCUUACGAAACUGUGGGAGUCCGAAGUUUGCCAUGAAAACACGGCAAGCUUUUUAUCUCCAUACAACCAAGAUGACCAGGCUGGCCAGGCGAUUAUGUAGGGACAUAUUGCGUCCUUGGCAUGCAGCACGACUUCCUUACAUGCCUAUCAAUAAUGCAGCAAUCAAAGCAGAAUGCACAGCUCGUUUACCAGAAGCCUCCGAAAAUACGUUGUUUUUAAAGCAAGUUGUUAGAAAACCUUUAGAAGCAGUACUUCGGUAUCUAGAAUUUCAUCCUCGUCCUCUGAAACCUGAUCCCACUAAGAGGUUGUCCGGCUCCCUCAAUAGUGUGCCUUGUUCUAAGUUUGCCCCAGUGAUUAACAAUGGAUCGCCAACUAUUUUGGGGAAAAGAAGCUAUGAGCAACACAGUGGGAUGGAUGGCAACAUGAAGAAGCGCCUCUUGAUGCCUAGCAAAGGGCUGCCUAACCACGGACUAACCCGACAAAUGGGACCAAGUCGAAACUUACUGCUCAAUGGGAAAUCAUACCCACCAAAAGUCCGAUUAAUCCGUGGUGGAAUCUUGCCUCCAGUGAAAAGGAGGAGGAUGAACUGGAUUGAUGCUCCCGAUGAUGUUUUCUACAGGGUCACAGAGGAAACCAGGAAAAUUCGCAAGCUGCUCUCCUCUUGUGAAGCCAAGCGAGCUGCAAGAAGCCCUUACAAGCCCAUCGUCCCCCAGCCUCUACAGGGCGGGCACCUGCAUCUGCCGGCGAAUGAGGAGCCAAUCAUUAUUGAGGACUAACGCUGGCAAGGUCUCUAAAACGCGGGAGGGCUUCCCUCCCCCUCCACGCGCCGUGUCGUGGCUUCAGCGCUGGAUCGGCUGCUGCACAGAGAGAGAGAGCAGAGGCAGCUCUUUUGCAGCGCAGUGCUGAGCAGGCUUAGCGCUUCUAAGGCAGUUGACUUCAGUGGACCCAGAACGGUGCUUAGGAUUGCCCUGUUAAGAGAGUCCAGGAAGGGAGCCAGCCCGCCGGAGUCUACUUGACAACCACAGACUGCACGUGAAUUUGCUCACUCAUUUUAAAAAAAUCUCUCAUUGACAGGUUUUUCCUUUCCUUGUGGUUUAUUCUGUUCCUUUUGUAAACAAGCAGAGCGCAAAGUACAUUUAAUUUAUUGAGGAGAGAAUGGGGGGGGGUCGUAAUCUCACUGUAUUCUGUUUUAACUUUUGGUAAAAGAAUAAUCAGAUGACUUUGUUUUGUGACCAAAUUUCCAUUGCCAAGAACUUUAAUGAAACUGUUGUAAUUUUUUUAAAAAGUUUG